AUGGUGCUGGGCUUCAACGGCAGCAGCCCGCUCCUGGGCGGCCCCCUGCGCGCCUUCGCGCCCGACGACCCCCGGCAGCUGGGCGGCAGCGGAGGCGGGAUGCUGGCCGGCUCCUUGCCGCCCACCCGCCUGGGGAAGCUCCUGCAGGGGGUGGGCGGGAGCGGCGGCGGGACCCCCGGCCCCUCCAGCCCCGGCGGCGGCAACGAGACGCAGUGCCUGCUGAUCCUGAGCUACGGCAACGUGGAGAGGGUGGUGAUCGGGGCCGCCCUGUCGCUGCUCACCCUGCUGACCGUCGCCGGCAACUGCCUGGUGGUGAUCUCCGUCUGCGCCGUCAAGAAGCUCCGGCAGCCCUCCAACUAUCUCAUCGUGUCGCUGGCCCUGGCCGACCUGUCGGUGGCCCUGGCCGUCAUGCCCUUCGUCAGCGUCACCGACCUCACCGGCGGCGAGUGGCUCUUCGGCACGGCCUUCUGCAACGUCUUCAUCGCCAUGGACGUGAUGUGCUGCACCGCCUCCAUCAUGACCCUCUGCGUGAUCAGCAUCGACAGGUAUCUUGGUAUAACCAGGCCUCUCACCUAUCCCGUAAGGCAAAAUGGGAAGUGCAUGGCAAAAAUGAUCCUUUGUGUAUGGCUGCUGUCGGCUUCAAUCACUUUGCCGCCUCUCUUCGGCUGGGCUCAAAACAUUAAUGAUGGCAAAGUGUGUUUAAUAAGUCAAGACUUUGGUUAUACGAUUUAUUCCACCGCGGUUGCUUUUUACAUCCCCAUGUCCGUUAUGCUUUUCAUGUACUACCAAAUCUUCAAGGCCGCCAAGAAGAGUGCCGCCAAACACAAGUUCGCUGGCUUCCCGCGGCCCGAAGAAAACGAAGGGAUUGUUUCCGCAAACGGCAUUGUCAAACUGCACAAGGAUUCAGAAGAAUGCACAAAUUUUUCGCGGCUGCUUAAGCAGGAACGGAGGAACAUUUCCAUUUUCAAGAGGGAGCAGAAAGCUGCAACCACCCUUGGAAUUAUCGUCGGGGCCUUCACUGUGUGCUGGCUGCCCUUUUUCAUCCUAUCCACGGCUAGACCCUUUAUCUGUGGAAGGUCUUGUAGUUGCAUCCCGUUGUGGGUCGAGAGGACUUUCCUGUGGCUGGGUUAUGCAAACUCUCUUAUCAACCCCUUUAUAUAUGCUUUCUUCAACCGGGACCUGAGGACCACCUAUCGCAAUCUGCUGCAGUGCAGAUAUAGGAAUAUCAACCGUAAGCUAUCUGCUGCAGGAAUGCAUGAGGCCCUGAAGCUUGCUGAAAAGCCAGAGUUUAUUCUGAGGAGCUCUGAUUACUCAAGAAAAAAGACCCACGAUUUAUGACUGAAUCAAGACCA